UCGCGAGAUCUUGAACUCUCAAAUACACAAAUUUUCAAAACUUUUUUAAAAAGUUUCCUCUUUCUGCUUCAAUAUGCCCGAUUAUUUAGGAAAAGACCAAAGGAAAGUUAAAGGGGAUGGUGAUAAAGAUGAAAAGCCGUUUCAAGCUCUUGAUGAAGGAGACAUUCAAUUAUUAAAAACAUAUGGAGCUGGAUCGUAUAGCAAAGCCAUCAAGAAAGUGGAGGAGGAUAUCAAGAAUUCAUUGAAGAAAGUCAAUGAACUGACUGGUAUCAAAGAGUCUGAUACAGGUCUUGCUCCUCCGGCUCUGUGGGAUUUAGCAGCCGACAAGCAAGCUCUACACAGUGAACAACCACUUCAGGUUGCUCGAUGUACAAAGAUAAUAAAUGCCGAUUCUGAUGAUGCUAAAUAUAUAAUAAAUGUCAAACAGUUUGCAAAAUUUGUUGUUGAUUUGGGUGACCAGGUUGCUCCAACAGAUAUAGAAGAAGGGAUGAGAGUUGGGGUUGAUCGUAACAAAUAUCAAAUCCAUAUCCCUCUUCCACCAAAAAUAGAUCCAACUGUUACCAUGAUGCAGGUAGAAGAAAAACCUGAUGUGACCUACUCUGAUGUGGGUGGCUGUAAAGAACAGAUUGAAAAACUACGUGAAGUUGUUGAAACACCCAUGCUUCAUCCGGAAAGAUUUGUGAACUUGGGCAUUGAACCACCGAAAGGUGUGCUAUUGUUUGGACCACCUGGUACAGGAAAAACAUUGUGUGCGAGAGCUGUGGCCAAUAGAACAGAUGCUUGCUUUAUCCGAGUCAUUGGCUCUGAAUUAGUGCAGAAAUAUGUUGGAGAGGGAGCCCGUAUGGUUAGAGAGCUGUUUGAAAUGGCUCGUACCAAGAAAGCUUGUAUCAUCUUUUUCGAUGAGAUUGAUGCCAUUGGAGGUGCCAGGUUUGAUGAUGGUGCUGGAGGAGACAACGAGGUUCAAAGAACGAUGUUAGAACUUAUUAAUCAACUGGAUGGUUUUGAUCCCAGGGGAAAUAUUAAAGUACUAAUGGCUACUAACAGACCCGACACUUUAGAUCCUGCGCUAAUGAGGCCGGGUCGUCUGGAUCGUCGAGUAGAGUUCAGUCUUCCAGAUUUAGAAGGUCGAGCGAGUAUAUUUAAGAUCCACGCGCGAUCCAUGAGUGUGGAACGCGACAUUCGAUUCGAACUUCUGGCUAGACUCUGUCCAAACAGCACUGGAGCUGAAAUCCGAAGUGUCUGCACGGAAGCUGGUAUGUUCGCUAUUCGAGCAAGAAGGAAGGUUGCGAGCGAAAAAGAUUUCCUCGAAGCUGUAAAUAAAGUCAUCAAGGCUUACGCGAAAUUUAGUGCGACACCUCGUUACAUGACAUACAAUUAAAUAUGAUAAACGUUUUUUUUCUUA